AUGGGAUGUAACAAAACCAGCGGUACCUGGCCAAACCUUCAAAUUAUUGACAUAGCUCGCAACAAUUUUACCGGCGAAAUACCAGGAAGUUUUUUGAAAACGUGGAAAGCAAUGAUGGCUGACGAAGAUGAUGCCGAGUCAGAAGCUAAUCACCUUCGAUUUCAAGUUCUAAAGUUCAGCCAGCUAUACUUUGAGGAUGCUCUAACAGUUACCAAUAAAGGUCUGGAAAUGGAAUUGGUAAAGAUUCUAACUGUUUUCACCUACAUUGACAUCUCAUGCAACAACUUUAGUGAAUCAAUACCUGCGGAGGUGGGAGAACUCAAAUCCCUCCAUGAGCUCAACUUGUCCAGCAAUGCUCUCACAGGCACAAUCCCACCAUCAUUAGGUAACCUACGACAACUUGAGUCGUUAGAUCUUUCAAACAACAGCUUGAGCGGGCAAAUUCCGGCGGAGUUUGGGGGCCUUACUUUCCUUUCUUUCCUGGAUGUCUCAAACAAUCAACUGGUCGGGAAGAUACCAAUCAGUACCCAGAUUUCAAUAUUUCCAGCGGAGUCCUUCGCAGGCAAUAAAGGAUUAUGUGGGCCACCUUCACUUCUAAAAUGCAGUGAUACCAACAUGUCACCAACAUUAGAUGGCAAACAUUCUAAUUCUGCGCACGGAAUUGAUUGGGAUCUGAUUGGUGCUGAAAUUGGAUUUAUUGUUGGCUUUGGGAUUGCUACUGGAUCACUUGUGUUUUGCAAGAGAUGGAGUAAAUGGUAUUACAAAACAAUGUAUAAAAUCCUUGUUAAGAUAUUCCCUCAGCUUGAAGAUAGAAUUGGUCAUCACCGAAGACAUGUCCACAUAAAUCAAAGGUUGGGACGCUGA